AUGGCUACUGAUGACUCUACCAAGACAGAUGAAAAUACAACUCAAAGGAGAUGGAUUGUCUUUAUGAUUGGUAUGACCAUGCUUCAGGUCAUUCUCUUGGCCCUGACUGCUUGUGCUUAUGCCAUUAACAGGCUCAAACUGCCAUAUGGUAGCUCUCUCGGUAUGUUUGACAUGACUGGAAACUCCAUUAAACUUGCCAACACCGUUGGAAUAGGAGUCAUCUUCCUUAUUGCAAUCGCCUAUCCUGGUCACAUGAAUUAUAUGAAUCUCAUGUCAACUGUCAUAUGGGUUCUGUUUACAGUGGAUUUAACCUUACUUAUUGUCUUUGCAGUUGGAAGCGAACCAAAAAAUUCCGUUCUCUACUAUUCAAUUCUCGUCCUAUCGGCUCUAAUUUAUGGCUUCAGUCAAAUCUCAUGUAUUAAAACAUAUGUUGAUGAUGUUCCUUAUGUCAUUGUUGGCAUGUCCAUGAUAUCAAUCUCUGUCUUCUUUUAUCACAUUUUAUUUCUCAUCGUAUCAAGCAUAAUCACUAUUCUUGACAUAAACUACUGGAUUGUCGUAGGACAAAUGGUCUACGUUGUCUUAAUGGCAGGAUCGUCAGCAAUACUCUGGACAUUCACCGGGAAAUAG